AUAUAUAAAGAUUAUUCAGUCGCGUCAACACGUAUAGUGCGUGUUCUUAAAAAACUGUGCAAUAUGGAACAAUUUAUGUGCAAAAAUGAAGUGAUGGCCCCCUAUUUGGACAAGUUGGGGGAUCGCGUGGUGGCCAACAGUGGGAUUCCUAGUGACAGAUAUCAUCUUGGCAAAUUAAUAUUUCAGAGUAUAAAGGAUGAUCCUGAUUUAGUAAUGCAGAUCGACGGCAGAACAGGAGAAUCAGAAACCAACGCAUCAGUAUUAAAAAGAACUAUACGAUGUGCCACCGCGUUCAGGAACCUGGGUGUGAACACUGGUGACGUCAUCGUUUUAAUGGGUGCCAACCAUUUGGACCUAGCCGUACCGCUGUACGCUGCGUUGUACCAAGGCAUUGCCACUGCUACUAUUGACAGAACACUGUUAGUUGGUGAAUUGGAAGCCACCUUCAAUAACUUAAAACCGAAAAUCGUCUUCUGCCAAAGUGAAAAGGUAUCAGAUGUCCAAAAAGCUAUCGCUCAAGCUAAUUUGAACUCAAAAGUCAUCAGUUUUGAUCCAACUCCUGAUGCUAUGUCCUUCUCUAAAAUGAUGGGGACGUAUGGAGAAGAAAUCGAUGUGAAUGACUUUAAGCUAGCAGACUUCGAUCCACAGGAAACAAUAGCCUAUCUAGUGUCCACAAGUGGUACCACGGGACUGCCAAAAUCUGCUAUAAUAACACACAUGAAUAUGUCAAUUGGUGGCGGUUAUAUUUUCCCUCAAGCUAAGCAAUUCCCUCCAGUACGAUCAGUCCUCAUCGUGGCGCCUCUGCAAUGGUUGUCAGCUUUGGUCAACUUCGUUAUGGGACCAAUAUUUCAGUACGGGAGGAUACAAUCAUCUGUACCUGUACUGACGACGCCACAUAUUCUGGAGUUAAUUAAAAAAUAUGAGCCAAGAUUCAUGAUAAGCAGUCCUCCAAUGAUGACUGCGUUGAUGAAGGCGAACUGCGACUUUUCCUGCUACGAUGUGCUAUAUCUUGGGGGAAGUGCUGUGCCACGAGAGAUGAUAGAAGAGUUGAGAAGACUGAAUCCAAAAACAUACAUUGUAGAUGUUUAUGGAAUGAGUGAGGUUGGUUCCAUGGCUCUUGCCAACAACGCAUGCCCGCUGGGUUCCAGUGGAAAGCCAAUGGCACACAUUAAAUACAAGUUGGUAGACGUGGAUACCGGGGCAGAAGUAACGGAACCACACAAAAGAGGAGAGCUAUGGAUCCAAAUACCUGGAUAUUUCAAGGGUUAUUACAACAACCCAGAGGCGACAGCUGAAGUGCUGACUGAGGACAAAUGGUUCAAAACUGGUGACAUGAUGUACAGGGAUGAGGAGUGGAACUUCUUCUUUGUGGAGCGCAUUAAACUGCUGCUGAAGUACAAGAACCAUCAGAUAUCCCCAGUGGAGCUAGAAGCAGUGAUUCGCCAGCACCCUGGAGUGUUGGACGUGGCUGUCACCAGCCUAACUGAUCCGGACGACGGAGACUUGCCCGUGGCUUGUGUAGUACAACGACCAGGUUUCCAAGUCACCGCGGACGAGAUCAAGAAUUUGGUUAAAGAGAAGCUGACAGACACCAAACAUUUGAGGGGAGGAGUCAUGUUCCUGAAUGAGCUGCCUUUGACCCAAUCAACCAAAGUACACAGACGGAAGCUGAAAGAACUGGUGGCGGCUAAGAAGGAUGAACUGCUAUGAUGCGGUUAUUUUAAUAAAAUAAUAAUCAUUUGUUAUUGUUAUAGAAA